GAGUUUCAGAUCCCCGCGGCGGAGCCCCCACCCCCACCCCGCUCUGGGGUCGUCUCUCCGGACGAACCAGAUUGGACCGGAAUGCUCCGCUCUGCCUGCGAGACCGCCGGCCGCUAGGCUGUCCAGGGCAGGGCCUGUGAGGACCGCGAUAAACAUUGUGUGGCUUGACUUGGGAAUGAAACUUUCUGAAAGUUUAGAGCAUAAAGAUUUUGGUUCAACAUGGAGAACAAAAGACGCCAAGCUCGGGUGCAAGGAGCCUGGGCUGCCUCCACUAAGAGCCAGGCUUCUGCUCAGCCAGCUAUUACAGCUAGAAGCCACCUCUACCCAACACAUGGUCACACCUGGAGGAACAGGGAGUAUCAUUUGUCUGACAAGGAAUUUGUGUUCAAAGAACCCCAGCAGGUAGUUCGUACAACCCCAGAACCUAGAGUGAUUGAUAAGGAAGGUGUUUACGAAAUCAGCCUGUCACCCUCAGGUGUAUCUAGGGUGUGUUUGUAUCCUGGCUUUGUUGACUUGAAAGAAGCUGACUGGAUAUUGGAGCAGCUUUGUCGGGACAUUCCCUGGAAACAGAGGAGGUGUGUCAGAGAGGAUAUAACUUAUCUGCAACCAAGACUUACAGCAUGGUAUGGAGCGCUUCCUUACACGUUUUCAAGAAUCACUAUGGAACCAAAUCCUCACUGGCAUCCUGUGCUGGGUACUCUCAAGAGCCGCAUUGAGGGGAACACAGGCUAUACCUUCAACUCCUUGCUCUGCAAUCUCUACCGAGACGAGAAGGACAGUGUAGACUGGCACAGCGAUGAUGAACCUUCACUAGGGAGGUGCCCUGUCAUUGCUUCACUCAGUUUUGGUGCCACACGGACUUUUGAGAUGAGGAAGAGGCCCCCACUUGAAGAGAAUGGAGACUACAGCUAUGUGGAAAGAGUGAAGAUACCCUUGGAUCAUGGGACCUUAUUAAUUAUGGAAGGAGCUACACAGGUUGACUGGCAGGUUCCAGAGUUCAAGGGUUAGCUUGUGAUGUCACUAAGGUUCCCAAAACAGAAGAGUGGCUGCCCCUUGUUGUGUCAUAAAAGCGCAUGUCUUCUUGACCUCUUGGCUCAGGAGCAGUUUACCAGAUUAAUUUACACCUGAGAGAGGCAGUUCCAGUGGGUGAAAGUAGGACACAAGAAUUAAACAUAUUUCUUUUUCCUGCUUGGGGAGAAAUUUGCUGUGCCUUCUUCAUUUUCAUCCUGUUUCCAUUCUACACUGUAAGAUGGAACUAAAGUAGAAUCAUCUGUAAGACCUCACUGGGAGCCUAAAUCUCAAGUCUUGCUCUAACAGAGCUGGCCACAGCUAACUACAGGUCACCUGUCUAUCCCCUGCUUUCCUGUGCAUCUGGGCAGGUGUCUGCAUCUUAUUUCUUCUUAACCAGCAUGAACAUAUAGAAGCUGUGUUGCCUUCUAGACUAUCAAUUGGCUGUUUAACUGGGAAAACUAAUUUUCAAUUCAAUCUCUGAUGAAUGCAGAAAUAUUCUCAGCCAUCCUCUGUGGCAAGUGGUUCUUGACCAUAUCCAAACAGAUAGACCUUGGAACUUCCCCAGGUAGGUGAAAUUUUUCCUAUGAUCCCUUCUCUCUCCUCUAUUAGUGCAUUUGAGGCUCCUGGUCAUGUUCAUACUAAGUAUGAGGCUUUUUACCAAUAUCACCAAUCUUAAUCAGCUAACAAAUCAGGCUCCACACUAGAUAUGUAGCCUCAAAGCACACAUGGAAACAGUGACAUUUAACAUUAAAUUGUGUCCAAAGUACUGAAA